GCCCUGCCACCCAAGAGAGCUGGGUCCGUGGGUGUAAAGAAAUCUGCUGUGGAUAUCACCCCUGGCCUGGCAACCUGUCUUGCCCAGAAAGCGUGGAAGGCCCAGGCCGCAGCCGGCGCGACGGUCGGAGCCGUUUUGGCAGCCCUGCUGCAGGAUGCGUCCCUGCCCUGCUGUCCCCCUCCAGCGCUGCCCCUCUAUGGUCCGCGCCCGGUUCAAAGCCUGGCUUGCCCCAAGCCCCAUCUAGCCUCAUGCAGGAGGCCUUCGGGGGACCCAGAGCUGCGGACAGGAAGGUGAAGAGCCUCCUCAUGUCAUGUCUGAAAGGGCAGCAGGUCAUCCUCAAAAUGGAGGCCAUGAAGAUCAUCCACCCUGAAAAGUUCUCCGAGCUGCAGGGCUCCCAGUCACGCUACGCCCCGGCCCCCCGCCGGGACCCUCCCCUGGUGGCCAAGCGGGCCUGGCCCACGGAGUCCGAGAUCAUCGUCAACCAGGCCUGCGGGGACAUCCCAGCCUUAGACCACAACCCGGGGUCUCUGGGGCUGUCGAGGACCCCACCCCUGCCCCGGCGGGAGAGGCUGUAUCCAGGACAGCGCAAGGGCAGCUCUGACCUCUGCUACCACCGCCAAGCUCCGGCCCCGGACGAGGUGAUCGUCAACCAGUAUGUGCUGCGCCCCUCCACUCCGCCCGAGCCCCUGGAGUGCCCCACCUGUGGCCACACCUACAACUUCACCAACAAACGCCCGCGCAUCCUCUCCUGCCUCCACUCGGUAUGCGAGGAAUGCCUGCAGAUCCUCUACGAGUCCUGCCCCAAGUACAAGUUCAUCUCCUGCCCCACGUGCAAGAGGGAGACGGUGCUCUUCACCGACUACGGCUUGGCCGCCCUGGCGGUCAACACCAGCAUCCUCAACAGGCUGCCGGCCGAAGCGCUCUCGGCCAACCAGGCGCAGUGGAGCGGCGAGACCGACCGCAGCUGUUACCAGACCUUUCGCCAGUACUGUGGGGCAGCCUGCACCUGCCAUGUCCGGAACCCGCUGUCUUCGUGCGCCAUUAUGUAA